CGAAAGGUAGGAGAGAUUUCUGAUACUUUGAAAAAGAGAACUAAACCGUCCGAAACAGUGAUUCGUUGGUUUGCGAACCGUGCCCAUGAGGAGGAAGUGUCAACGCCCGUCCCCGGAUCGGCCAAAGAGUCUCUGGUCCAUUGGCUGGUCGCUACAUUAGAGGGCCUCGCCGGGGACUUGCGAAAGAGAGUUAGCUACCCUCGUAGGCGGGAGCCCAGGGUAGACACCAGCAUCCUGGAGAGGGAAGGGGUCGGAAUGUUGGACGUGUUGAGGGGUUUGAAGAGCCUGCUAAAGGUCAGCCGAGUUCACAUAGAUAACAAUGUAUUUCGCCUUCACUACACCGUCACAGUUCUUGUUCUUUUGGCCUUCUGCAUCAUAGUCACCACCAAGCAGUACGCCGGUGAACCUAUCAAUUGCAUUCGUAGCACAGACAUCCCCGAAACGGUGAUCAACACUUUCUGUUGGAUCCACACUACUUUCACCAUCCCCGGAGCUUACAAUAAGAUAGUUGGUAAAGAGGUGCCCCAUCCAGGUAUAGAUGCCUCUCAAGAUGCCUCCAAUUUUAAAUAUCAUCGCUACUAUCAAUGGGUAUGUUUUAUGUUGUUUUUUCAAGCCGCCCUUUUUUAUAUACCACGUUGGUUGUGGAGAAUGUGGGAGGGAGGAAAGAUCCAGGCUUUGAUGAUGGAUUUGGAUGUGGGAUUAUGCGGAGAAGCAGAAAAGAAGCAGAAGAAGAAACUAUUAGUGGAUUAUCUCAUGUGCAGUUUAAGGCAUCACGACUGGUACGCUGCCAGAUAUUUCUUGUGCGAAGCCAUUGCCUUCAGCAAUGUGGUGGGACAGAUCUUCCUUAUGGAUAGAUUCUUCGAUUGUGAAUUUCUCACCUAUGGCCUAGAAGUGAUUAAAUUCUCCGAAAUGGACCAAGAAGACCGGACGGAUCCCAUGAUAAGAAUAUUUCCACGCGUCACCAAGUGCCGUUUUUAUAAAUACGGCGCGUCUGGCAACGUAGAAACGCACGAUGCCCUUUGUAUCCUACCUUUAAAUAUUAUCAACGAGAAAAUAUACAUAUUUCUCUGGUUCUGGUUCAUCAUUUUGGCUGCCCUUACGGGUAUCGUGCUGAUAUUUCGUCUAGUCAUCGCAGCCUGUCCGCCAGUUCGGGUCUACCUACUCAAUAUGAGAUUUCGGGUGCUGCACCUGGACCACGUACACACGGUAGUGCGCAGGGGAUCCAUAGGUGACUGGUUUCUCAUAUACAUGCUAGGACAAAAUAUAGAUUCUGUUAUAUUCAAAGAAGUUAUCGCCGAUAUGGCUAAGAAAAUGACCACCGAACCCAAAGAAUCCGCAUGACCAAGAAAAUGAGUAGCAUGAUAAAUUUUUACACUAAGAGUGCCUAUAUAAACACAAUAAUUCUUCCGUCAUGUUAUGUACUUUAGAACAUAAGUAUAUAGCCUUCUCUUCUUCAAACAAUUUUAAAAUUACUUCAGGACUAUUUAAAGAAAAAUUAUUACUAAAAAAAAAAAAAACCUUAAUUCAGGCACUGCCAUCACGUUUCUAUUUCAUUCAAAGAUUUUUUUCCCUUCUAAAUAAUUAUGUAUAUAUAUACAUAUAUAUAUUUAAAAAGUAUAUAUAAAUAUAGAACCUUCUCUUUAAAAAAAAAAACAACAACAACAACAACAACAAAAAUUAGGCUCGUUCGCAAAGUAAGUACCAUAUUGUGAAUUUAUUUAUGAAUUUUUUUAUAUUUUAUACGGGAUAAACUAACACAAAACAAUUUAGGAUUUUUAUAAAUGGUUUAUCUGCAUUCAAACUGCCAAUAUUUGUUUUAAAUUUGCAUUUUACAGACACAGGAUCUUAAAGAAAAACUGAAAAUAAUACAUGAAAUGUGAUCAGAUACGUAGUAAUAUAGUAUUAGAAUGAAAAUUUCGUAUGUAUUUUAACGCGUACAGGGGUGCGUACUGUACUGUACAACUUUGCGA